UUGACCAGGCACUACGAAACCCAAAACGACCACAUAAUAUUGUUCGUCUAUUCCUUAAUUUUCUCCUUCUAUUACAGACACAUUAAUACAGUUGGUGUGUUCAAUUAAAAUUUUCACCUUUUUCGUUUAUUUCGGGUACUUGCUUGUUUCUGUGACUUUGGGCCUGCCUGAAGGACGCACUGAAAUAUGGCUGGAAUGCUUCCUGGAGUGGAAUGUGCCCGAAGAAGACGGAUGAUCCAUGGCAGCACCAGACGUUCAUCGUCUCUCUGCUUAUACACAAUCAGCCAUGAAAACCAUCACACUUCUUCCUCUUCCUCUUCUUUGAAAAGAAGUCUAUUAUACAAGUCAUGCAAUGAUGAGGAACUGAGUGGAGCAGCUAGAGAAGCCAAGGAGAGAUUAGAUGAGAGGUUGACAGCACAUAGAAAAUCUGAAACCAAAAGGAGUAACACUGAAAAGAUCUCGAGUUUUGUGGAGCGUAAAUCCAUGGUGCUUGGAGAGUUACAGAAAGAGGCGUUGGGGUCGAAACAGAGCGGCCCAGAGAGGUUCAGUUGGAUGAAGUUGAGCUGGAAGUCCUCCGACCAAAACAACUGCGCUGUUUGCAUGUGAGAUGCUUGUUUGCCAUGGCUAUAUAGGAACUUUGCUACCAAAUUGAGCUGCUUCCAGAUUAAUCCAACUACUUAUGUUGAACACCCAAUUAAUUAUUAGGCAAAGAAAAUGCUCCAUUGGGUUGAGAUUGGAAAUGGAAAACUCAAAAUCUAAUUUAGCCCUUGUUAUUCUGUGUAUGAAUAUGGGUAUUGUUCAAUCUAAUGUAAAUUUAAAAUUAUAAUCUUUAGCUCAAAAUAUUAAACAAAAUCCUUCAGC